AUGGAUGGCAAAUUAAAUAUAACAUAUAUCACUCUUGAUGGGUAUGUAGAUGUGAACAAGUACAGAUAUCUUUAUUUUGUUAUCAUGUUUAUGUCAUUUAUUCUCAUAAUUUGCUUUAAUUCUACAAUUGUGUGCAUUAUAGCGAUUCAUAGAAACCUCCAUGAGCCUAUGUACGUUUUCAUUGCAGCUUUGUUAAUCAACUCCGUUAUUUUCAGCAUUGUGAUCUUCCCAAAGCUUCUGAUUGACAUGUUAUCAGAAAAACAGAUCAUAAGCUACCAAACCUGUCUCUUUCAGUGGUUUGUCAAGUACUCUUUUGCAGGUUCAGAGUAUUUUCUUUUGUCUGCCAUGUCCUAUGACAGAUAUGUAUCCAUAUGUAAACCUCUGCAAUAUCCAAUGAUCAUGAAAAAAACGACUAUAAGUAUGUUUCUUGUUUUAUCUUGGCUUCUGCCCGCUUGUCAGACGACAGUGCCUGUUGUGAUGAGUACUAAUAUCAAACUCUGUUAUUUUACUUUGAAAGGCAUAAGUUGCAGUAGCUUAGUUUACAAACUCCACUGUGUCACUUCCAGGUUAUUGCAUAUAUAUGGCUUGGUGGCUCUGGUAAAUAUCAUAAUUCUUCCUGUGCUUUUCAUAAUUUUUACAUACAUCAGGAUUUUUGUAAUAACCUAUCGAAGUUGUAGAGAAGUGAGGAAAAAAGCUGCACAGACCUGUUUACCUCACCUGCUGGUUUUAAUUCACUUCUCAUGUCUGAGUGUAUUUGAUGUACUUAUGGUUCGGAUGGGAAACAGUUUUCCCCAAAUUGUACAUUUGAUAAUAGAAUUACAAAUACUUUUGUGUCAUCCUCUCUUUAAUCCCAUUAUAUAUGGACUUAAAAUGAAAGAAAUUCAUAAACAUAUCAGAAGCUUGUUCAGCAAAAUGAUGUAAUGUGGUAUCAAUGUUAACCUUAAGGUAACAGAUUAAGUUCAGAGAUUUUGUUUAGUUUUUAAAAAAAGUUUUG